AAUUAUUAUAAACAUUCAGAUAUAAAAUUUUAAUCAAAUUGCGUAACCGGAAAUGAUAUUAUAUCCAAAACAUUCAGUCGCUGUGCAUUUUGUAUGUUUUGAAUUCAUAUUUAUUAUUAAAAAAUACAUAUUUGUUGAAAUAGAUUAAAUUGAUAUUGUUACUAGAAUUUUGCCGAUUAAAAUUAAUAGUUUUAAGAAAUUGGUGGGAUGUGGUUUGAUUAUGAUAAAAUUUUUUUACGGUAAUGCAAAUUUCUUAUUACAAAUUAAGAAUAUAUUAAAAUUUCAUGGAGUUUGUUUGAUUUUCUUGUUGCAUAUCAAAAUGUAAUCGAAAAAUAUUAGAUUGAGGUUUUAACGAACUUUCUUGGAUUUGGUUAUGUUUCGAUGAAGGUUCUGUUAAUGUUAAAUAUCCUGUUAGAAACUCAGAUUGUAAUGAUUUUUCAUGGAGGAAGAUUAGUGUUAUUGAAGUUUCUGUGGUUUGGAAGUGUUUAUAUCCCCAACAAAUCGAAUUUCCCUUUAAUCAGUGGCGUGUAAAACAGUUGUACGUUGUCGCUUUCUCAAGCGUUUGAUGGUAAUCGGAAACCGGACCAGAAUUGGUACUUGGUAAUUCAUCAAGUUUGUGGCGUAUAAUUUCCCCUGUUUGAUGACACAAUUAGAGAAGACCCCCGUUCGUGGCCGAGUCCGCCUCUUUGAACUAUGUGCGUAUAUCAGAUACGCCAAUAGAGAUGUGUUUGCCACUGGCUCUCUCCAGAGUACUCAAUUUUUUGCCGAUAAUCACUUCUUUAAAGAUUCCUACUUCACCUAGUCGUAACAUGAUAAUCCGCCAUCUGUUUAAUGUGUAGUUUUAGAGGUUGUAGGUUCAACAUAUUUUUCAUAGCCACAGUGAGGGAAGUUCGCUUGGCAUAACGUAACCUUCCGAGUUGUGUUUCGUACAGAGACGCUUUGAUUUGAACAACGCACAUUACAUCUUUUUGUGGGAGCUGAUUUUUCAGUGCUUGAAAUGGGCACUCAAAAUGGUCGGUUAGUCGUAUUGCGUUUAAGCUCUUACUUGAACGUCCACCUUUUGAUGAUAAUUCAGGGUAGUAUGUUUCUACAUAAAAUACAUAUUGUUGUAAUAAUUUUUUCCUCGCUUUCUAGCUCUAGUCUCCCAUUGUGUUCCUCUUCCUAGUUUCUACAGAAUUGGUACCAUGUAUGGUAGAACCAUUACGUCCCGUUUAUCCUUCCUUCUCAAAGCCAUUACUUUCCUUUUCUGAUAUGCUGACAUAAAACCCCGUUUUACCUUUUUUGAAACUCAUAAGAUUUUUGGGAUUCGUUCUUCUAUUUGAUUUCAUUGUUAUAUAUUCUGUAUAUGUUGAGUGUAAGACAAGAAGAUCUGCUAACUUAACUGAGGAAUAAAAUCUAUCCGUAUACCACUUCCAUUGAAAUAGGCAAAUGGCUAUAUUGAGGCUUGCUGAUAAUUGUUCCUUUCCCUGUAUGUAUUAGUGAAGACCGCAUAUACCCAGAUUUGAAUUCGCAAAAAAAGUAAUUGUUUAUUCCUAAUUUGCCAUAUUUAAUGGAAAUGUAUGGUACCCAACCCAAUUUUCCUUUGUACAACAUGAAACUUUCGUCAAUUGUUACAUGUUGUGGUGGUAUAUGUGCCUCUUGAAACGUAUCGUUCAGAGGUAAGUACACCGGCCAAAUUUUGUUCAUUUUUGGGUGAGUAGCAGGGUCAUAGGUGUGGUUAUUUGAAAAAUGGGGAAAUAGAACGCAGGUACUGGCAAGAUGUUUAAGUGGUUAAACUAAGAUAAGAUUUGUGACCACCAUCUCUGUUAAUAGUCUCGUUAAGGAUGAUAUAGACAGUCAUUAAUUUAACAAUUCUUUAUUUAAGAACUUUCUAUCCAACCGCAGAGUGUAGAUAUGUGUGCUCCACCAAAGCCUCAUUACUACAAUACAACGAAUUAACGUUCUUGACAAUACUACUCGCAGAGUAGUUUGAAGAGGUAGUUUGGACUUGUACUGGGUCUUUUUCCCUCCUGGGGUUAUGUGACGAUCACAUAGUCUUUUCGAGGCAACCUGGUUCGCCAAACCAUCACGCCAACAAUUGGUAAGGUUGUAAAAUACCAGGCAACGGUGAAAGAUUCCUUACAGGUGAGGUAUCAAUUCUACCAAGCCACACAGUAGUAAGGUAGAUACGAUACCAUUAAGUCGAGGGGCUUUGAACGGUGAAUUUUUUAUAGCCCACUUCUUUAGCUAACAUUGGCCAGUCUUUACAGUCGGUUUGUAAUCAGGAUCUCGUUGUAUAACUAGCGUCUUCCUAACGUAAAUAGUACACAAUCAUUAGAAGGUAUAACAAUCAUCAUCCUUCUUUAGUAAACAGAUUCGUCGUUCCGGGUCUAAAACUAGAACCAUUCCAAUUCCGCUUCCAUCAUCCGCUUUAGAUGUGACAUCUUCACAUAAUCUCCAAGUUUAUCUUUUUCUAAUGAAUACUUUUUAAACCUCCAAUAGUUUGCUUGUAUAAGGAUUUCAGUCGCAUUCUAAUUUAGACCUCUUAGUUCUGUUAAAGGUUGCUCACAGCUCCUCUAGGUUACUGAGUCCUGUGCUAAUGGGUGGCAUGUUUGAGUCAACUUCCAGUGGGGAGUGACCACUUUAUAAAGUUAUUAAGAAAUCUAUCAAAGUCAUUAAAAAUUUCUCAACAUCACUGCUUAUCUUGUGCUGAGUUAACCUUUCUGGUUAUCUUUGAAAAUUUUCCAAUGUUUUUAAUGCGUAAAUUGCAAGUGAUUUACCUGACAUUGAAGUCCUGUCAACAGAAACCUUCCAAUUUUGCAUGGAUCGAGGACAGAGUAAUAAUAACUGAUUGGCCCCUGGCAAUAAAAAAGAUUGACUGUGAGCCUCAAUUGCGUAAAUCAAGAUGAUAACUGAAACUCAGCCUACAGCAAGAGUUCCGUUACCUUCUAAUAUGCGUUUAUAUUCUUUUAAUUACCUGGAUUACAAUGUCAUUCGUUUGUCGAAGUUUAUAGGCAUUAGAUUUUAUAGUGAUAGGCUAUAUGAGAGUGAUACUUGACGUACAGAGUUCUCUGUGUUGCGCGAUAUCGGCCAGGAGUGAUUAUUCGGUUUUUAGACAACGGUUAAGAAGCCUUUUAAUUUUAGCAACCGUUUUAUAAAAUGGAAAACGUCUCGUUCGAUAUGUUUGUUAAUAAAAUUUGUAAUUAAUUAAGUAGUUAUUCUACAGUGCUCUGAAUUAUGUUUACUUGUUGAUGUUUAUAAUCAUUUCGAAUUCACAACCGGUGAAGUAUACAAAAAAUAUUUCGUAUAAUUCGACCGCGAUUUAUUGUUGAAUCCUCGGCCUCGCAUUACAAUCUUUCAACUUUAAAAGUUAUAAAUUUGAAGCCAAAUAUCCGUAAAAUAUAGGUUAAGAGUAUACACUCUGCCAAAAAAUGGAUAUUCUUUUACAUUUGGAAUUAAUUAUAAAAUAGAAUAUGCAGGGAAACUUUUUAAUUGUAUCAAAUUAAAUUUUUUUUAAUACGUAAAUCUUAAAUUAAAUUUAAUUUCGAUCAGUUAUUUUUGUGAUAAAAUUAUAUUAAUUCUCUAAAUACGCACUAGAACUACGUGAUAACACGAAAUAGAUCUCUUUAAAGACAUUGAAACGAACAUAAAAACACAAAAAAAUUAGGAAUCUUAUUUGGUGUGUAGGGAUGAAGUGAAUAAGAAGAAUAAUAAGAUGCCGAAUAAAAAGAGGCGUGGUGGUUCCGAUACGAAACACGCAAAGGGGUCUUCGAAAGGUGGUGGCGGCGGCGGAACAUUAACAAAUAAUAAGACUGAAAAGAAACCAGUAAAGACUGACAAAAAUAGACACGACCUUGAUGACAAUAAAUCCAAUACGGAACGUCGUCGUACUUAUUCAAAUAAUAAAAAGACGAGUAACAACACCACCACCACCAACAACAGCAGCAGUAAUUGUGAUGAAGUAGAUGCAACGGUUACAAUUCGACAUGAUGUCGUAGUUAACUUAAAUAAUAGAACCGCGAUAGUCUCGGAUGUGAAACGUUAUAGUGAUAGCUUCAUCCAAGCAGGUUGUAAUAAAAUUGACAAGAUCGAUGGCAAUUUGUCAAGAUCGCGUAGCGGAUUUUUAACAGAUGACGAUAAGGAGUCACCGAAAAGUGACAAAUCUGACAGAAAGUCCAGAAGAUUUAGCGAUAUAUUUCGGUACGGGGCAUAUCGUACGGAUUUGGACGUAAUUAAGAAUCAAGAGGAACGGAAGAAGAUGAUCUCAUCUUCUUCUGGCGAUACAAAAAAAGGAAAAAUUAAUAAUACCGUCAAAUCGGCAACCGGUAACAGGAAUUUAGCGAUGGUCGGAGGUACCCCAAAUAAACCCGAAAAAACUCUCUCUACCUGUUCCGAUAGCAACAACUCGUAUCUGAAACGGGUCAAGUCGAAAAUAUGUCGGACGAGAACGGACGAUCCAUCGACGAUAUACGAAAACGAUGAGAACUUAAAACAGAGAAACAACUUGCGAAGUUCGGUUUCGCAUUUUGAUUUUAGACUCAUUCGACAAACAUCGAAUUUGGAAAAAGUUGUUAGACCUAGCGUUUUAGGUCACAAAAAGUGCGCGUCGAAUGUUGGCGUUGGUGAAACGAUCAGCGACGAGAAGCCCGUUCUCGCCAAAUCGAAAUCGAGCAGUGCCAUCAAUUUGGGAUUGUUGAGGACUCGUCGUAAUAAAAUCUUGGAACAGAUCAAGAAAAACGUUAAACCGGCCGAAAACGAAUUCGAUUUUAUUGCAUUUACAAGAUCUCACCGUGAUAAGAACGAUUUUAUUGAGGAAUCUGUUCAAACUACACUGCCAAAAACUACUUCUUCAGGUAACAAUUUUGUAUUAUUCUAAAUUUCAUUACAAAAA